AUGCGCCAUGUUCCCACUCAUGGUUUCUCCAUGAGAGCAUUGACCGAAGGAGCCAAGGAGUCUGGAUAUCUUGAAGUUUCGGUUCAGCUACUCCCUCGGGGUGUCUUCGAUCUUAUCAAUUAUCACUUGGUCACCCAAAGGCUUGCAUUGAAAGAUCGAGUACAAUUUCCAAAGGACUCGAAGCUUGGAGCAGGUGAGAAAGUCAGGACCCUAACGCUUGAGAGACUGCGAGCCAAUCAAGAUAUCAUUCAUCAAUGGCAAGGAGCCCUUGGCCAAAUGUCCCUACUCGGUAAUAUACCAGCUUCUCUCAAAGAACUCCAUAUCCUUUCUGACGAAAUCUGGUAUCUUUCUGGCGAUACCAGCGUGGACACCUCUUGGUACACAAAGAGAGCUUCUCUGGCUGCAUUGUAUGCCAGCUCAGAACUCUUCAUGACGGCAGAUGCAUCCAAGGACUUCGCAGCUACAGCAGAGUUCGUAGAUCGAAGACUGGAGGAUUUCCAAAAGGUUGGCAAGACGGUCGGUGGCUUGGGUCAGUUUGUUGGAUUUUGGGCCGGCAACACGAUCCAUCUGGCUAGAUCAUGGGGCAUGAGGGUGUAG